AUGGGGAAGGAAUCUCGUUCAGAUCGGGAUCGUGACAAAGAGAAAAGCCGGGAUCGACGUGACAGGGAGCGUCGUGAUAGAAAAAGAUCGAAAUCAAGAGACCGUGAAAGAGAUCGCAGACGAAGUAGGAGUAGAAGCAGAUCUCCUCGCCGAGAAAAGGACAGAAAGAAGAGUGACAGAAGCAGAGACAAGGAAAAACGAAAAAACAAUGAGGCGGAAAAGAAGAAAGAGAAAGACAUUGUUGAGAUAGUGGUUAUGAAGGAUAAAAGCCUAUUCAAAAUGGAGAAAAAGCCAGAGAAGAAAAUGUGGAGCCUUGAAGAUGAUGAGGAUGAUGAUUUGGAGGAACCUAUGGAAACCACUGUGAAGACUGAACCUGUCACGGAAAACGGAACGGACCAAGUGACUGAGAAAAAAGAUGAGUAUUAG